AGGCGACCUACUAUCAACAUCCAGAAACUGGCUCUACCGCCUUAAAUCAAAUAACCUAUGGGAAGAAUACGCCAACGACGAGGUCUGUGAAUGCGGAGGAAACAACAUAGGAAUGGACGAAGACCUCAUCGUCAACGUCAGCGAGGAUCAAGGCUUCGUGAGCCUACAACCAGGUGGCUCUUGGACCUUGUCAUACUCUAUGGGUCAUGAUAGUCUCCCGGAUAAUGAGGCGAUUGGGGGUGUUUUUUCGUAUCAAUUUAAGAGGGCUAAAUUGGAGUGGUGGGAUUGGGGUGGUUUGGAGACCCAUGCGAACAGAGAGGUGAAAUUACAGUCAUGGCUCUCCGGGGGAGGAAAUGAGCCUCCGUGUAAUUGACGUUAUAAUGUGUAAUCUAGGCUGUAUUGACAGCAUAUCGGCACCUUCGCAACCCUAACAGAGCCAACCUCCACAAGACAGAGCCA